GCAUUCUACACGGCUGAGUUCCUAACAGCCCAGCCAAUCGUAGCGUCCACAUUUUUAGACUUGAUGACAGGUCCAAUUGAAAUGACCUCUCACAGUGAUCAACUACAAAUUGGUGUUUUUAGAGAACUUUUGCAAGGAAUUGAUUAUCUAAACGUGCAUUUGUUUAAUGAAAGCUACUUUGAAAAUAGUAUUGUGCAGCAGUUUUUACAACAGAUAUACUGUCCACUUCAGCUAAGUGUGGGUGAUAUAAAGGAGCAAUUUCACUCCAGUCAACGACGACACUGGGCUAUGGUGAUGAGUAGCAAUGACUUAGAAAUAAAUUUAAAUAAAUAUGUUUCACGUAAGGGUAUAUUAAUUAAUAUUUUGCUGGAUCAACCGGAUAAAUAACAGUUAUUGAAUUUGGCUCGACGACAAUGGAUAGAACGUGGAGCAUUGCAGAUUUUCUAUAUAAUCCCGAAUAAUAUGAACAAUAGCGGCAUUGAAUGCUUAUUUUUGAAUCCCUUUCCAAAAAUUGGCUCUGAACGUGGUGUGAUGACUAGUUUGAGUGAUGAAAGCUACAAGAGUAUUUUUCUUAAUUUUCAUGAGUAUCCACUCCGCACCUAUAUUUUCCACUCCGUCUAUUCUGAUAUAGAAAUUUUUAUGAACGAAACGUCGAAAAAAGUAAUUGGAGCAACGGGGGCUGAUGCCAAAGUGGCUUAUCUAUUGGCAAGUAAAAUGAACUUCACCAUGGAUCUUCAAUGGCCGGACGAUGGCUUUUUCGGCACACGCUCGAAGAAUGGCAGUUACAAUGGUGCACUUGGACGAAUGAUACGCUUUGAGACUGAUAUUAUAUUAGCUGGAUUCUUUAUAAAGGACUAUCUAACGCGCGAUAUUGAUUUUACUUCAGCCGUAUAUACUGAUGAACUUUGUUGUUAUGUGAAAAAAGCUAGUCGUAUACCUCAAUCCAUACUGCCUUUAUUUGCCGUGAAUAUCGACAUUUGGAUUUCUUUCAUAUUCGUCGGAAUGCUCACUCCAUUUGUAUGGAUGUUGCUAAGACGAGUAAAUUUGAGUGUUAUGACAAGAGGAUCUGUCCCACUGAAAUUGCAAAAGAUGCAAACACAGGAAAGUCGUCUGCUAAUGCAAAAACAUAAACUGCAGUAUAUACGCAUUUUUAUAGAUACGUGGGUGAUGUGGGUGCGUGUUAAUAUUAGGAAUUAUCCACCCUUUAUAUCAGAACGAAUCUUUAUAGCUUCACUCUGCCUGGUGAGUGUGAUCUUCGGUGCACUUUUUGAAUCAAGUUUGGCAACAGUCUACAUACGGCCACUGCACUACAAAGACAUCAAUACGAUGAAAGAGCUAGAUGAAGCCAAUAUAAGAAUAUAUAUUAAGCAUGGCGCAAUGAGAGACGAUCUAUUUUAUGGUCAUAGCUCACAAAUAUAUCAGAAUUUACAGAAGAAAUUACUUUUAAUUGGUGAAUUAGAAGAGCGUCUUAUUCACACGAUGGCGAGAGGCGGAAAAUUCGCAUCUGUUACUCGAGCCUCUUCACUCGAACUCGACGACAUUCACUAUUUUUUAACAAAGAAAAUACAUAAAAUACCCGAAUAUCCCAAAAGCUAUAAUAUAGCUUUUUUGCUUCCUAGUCACUCGCCAUUGGAAAAGAGCAUAAAUAUAUUGUUGCUUAAAUUUGUACAAGCCGGUCUUAUUGACCAUUGGAUUGCAGAUAUGAAGUAUCAAGCAAGGAUUAAAACACGAAAUUUUGCGGGAUACCUGGACGAGAGUGGUGACAAAUGGAAAGUUCUAACUUUAAAUGAUCUGCAGUUGUCUUUUUACACCAUCAUAUUUGGCAGUAUGUUGGCGACAAUUGUGUUGUUCUUAGAAUUAAUCAUACACUGCAAGCAAGUUAGAGUUUUCUGCAAAAUUCGCACGACGAAAGUCAAGUAA